AUGUCGUCCACUGAGGGCAUGAUCAACGGCGGAGGAAGCUCUUCCGCAAACCCAACCAAGGCUCCUGUGAUGGAGGGCAACGGAGGCUUCGUGGCACAGCACAAGAUGGCAGUUGAGCCUCCCAAGAAAGAAGAUCUCCAGCGCAGUUAUGCGACUGUUGUCGAGAACGAUGCCAACCCCAAGGGUUGGUAUGGCUCGAUGAAGAAUGCUCUUGGAACCAUAAUCGGAACCAUGGGUGCCGUACCCUGCUGCAUCAUUUGCCCCAACCCCUUCAAGGAGGUCAACCAGGGCAACGUCGGUCUCGUUACGAAGUUCGGAAAGUUCUACAAGGCCGUCGAUCCUGGCCUGGUUAAUAUCAACCCUCUCAGCGAGCGACUUAUUCAGAUCGAUGUCAAGAUUCAGACCACAGAGGUGCCCGAGCAGAUUUGCAUGACCAAGGACAACGUUACUCUACGCUUGACCUCAGUUAUCUACUACCACAUUGUCUCUCCUCACAAGGCUGCUUUCGGUAUUAAUAACGUGAAGCAAGCUCUCAUGGAGCGCACUCAGACCACUCUCCGCCACGUCGUCGGUGCUCGAGUUCUUCAGGAUGUCAUCGAGCGCCGUGAGGAGAUUGCUCAGUCCAUUGGAGAAAUCAUUGAAGACGUUGCAGCUGGAUGGGGUGUUCAGGUCGAGAGCAUGCUCAUCAAGGACAUUGUCUUCAGCCAGGAGCUGCAGGAGUCACUGUCCAUGGCUGCUCAGAGCAAGCGUAUCGGUGAAAGCAAGAUCAUUGCCGCUAAGGCUGAGGUCGAAUCCGCCAAGCUUAUGCGACAAGCUGCCGAUAUCUUGAGCUCGGCUCCUGCCAUGCAGAUCCGAUACCUCGAGGCUAUGCAAGCCAUGGCCAAGUCUGCUAACAGCAAGGUCAUCUUCUUGCCUGCUGCUAAUCAGACCAUGGGCAACGCCCUCAACGCCGCCAUGGCCAACCAGACUGGCGAAUCCAGCGCUCGUGCCCUGGACAACGAAAAUGACUUUGGAGGUCAGGACCCAGGUUUCCAACAGGCCAUGAACGCCCGCGUCGUGGAGAACAUCUAA